GGAGGGAGCGGGAAGGGGCGCGGGGCCGGCGGCCCUUCAAUUGGCCGCGCCGCUCCUCGGCGCCGAGGCGGGAGGAGGCGGCCCUCCAUUGGUCGGGCCCGGCGGCCAAUCCCCGAAGGCCCGGGCGGAGGCGGGGGCGGCCAGAGGGGACGCGCGGUGCGGGCGGCGAGCGAGGCGGGCGGCGAGCGUGGAGCCGGGCGCGUCGGAGCGGACCCCGGAGCUCUGCGGCGCUCAGUCGGACUCAGUCGGACUCAGUCGGACCCCGUCGCCCAGGCACCGCCCCGCGGCCGCGACCGUCUCCUGCGCCGCCCAGAGGAGCGAGCUCGGAGCAUCCCCCGCGGCGGCCACUUCUCGGGGCUAGGAGCCGGGAAGCGAAGUGCGAGAGAGCCGGGACCCCAGCGCAGCCUCUUCCCGCCGCCCGAACGACCAUGACCCACUUCAACAAGGGCCCUUCCUACGGGCUCUCGGCCGAGGUCAAGAACAAGAUUGCUUCCAAGUAUGAUCAUCAGGCAGAAGAAGAUCUUCGCAAUUGGAUAGAAGAGGUGACAGGCAUGAGCAUUGGCACCAACUUCCAGCUGGGCUUAAAGGAUGGCAUCAUCCUCUGCGAACUCAUAAACAAGCUACAGCCAGGCUCAGUGAAGAAGGUCAAUGAGUCCUCGUUGAACUGGCCUCAGUUGGAGAAUAUUGGCAACUUUAUUAAAGCUAUUCAGGCUUAUGGAAUGAAGCCACAUGACAUAUUUGAAGCAAAUGAUCUUUUUGAGAAUGGAAACAUGACCCAGGUUCAGACGACUCUGGUGGCUCUAGCAGGUCUGGCUAAAACAAAAGGAUUCCAUACAACCAUUGACAUUGGAGUUAAGUAUGCAGAAAAACAGACAAGACGUUUUGAUGAAGGAAAAUUAAAAGCUGGCCAAAGUGUAAUUGGUCUGCAGAUGGGAACCAACAAAUGUGCCAGCCAGGCAGGUAUGACAGCUUAUGGGACCAGGAGGCAUCUUUAUGAUCCCAAAAUGCAAACCGACAAACCUUUUGACCAGACCACAAUUAGUCUGCAGAUGGGCACUAACAAAGGAGCCAGCCAGGCAGGGAUGUUAGCACCAGGAACCAGAAGAGAUAUCUACGAUCAGAAGCUAACAUUACAGCCAGUGGACAACUCGACAAUUUCUCUACAGAUGGGUACCAACAAAGUUGCUUCCCAGAAAGGAAUGAGUGUGUAUGGGCUUGGGCGGCAAGUAUACGAUCCCAAAUACUGUGCUGCUCCGACAGAACCUGUCAUUCACAACGGAAGCCAAGGAACAGGAACAAAUGGUUCGGAAAUCAGUGAUAGUGAUUACCAGGCAGAAUACCCUGAUGAGUAUCAUGGCGAGUACCAGGAUGACUACCCCAGAGAUUACCCAUAUAGCGACCAAGGCAUUGAUUAUUAGAUCCACACGGAAGGAGCUCAGUAUUUAGUCCAUUGUUUUUAUUCAGUGAGAACCAAGCUAGCCUUGAGUAAUUUUUAUCUUGUCUUCCUAAAACACUAUCAAGCUUAUUGUACUUUUAAGAAAAAUUGCCUUACAUACAUUCCUUUUUCCUUUUUCUGCCUCUUCCCUCAAUAGUUGCCUUUUAGUGCUGUAAUAGAUAAAUCCUACAGCAUAACCAAUAACUUGCAUAUGAAGUAAAAAGGAAUACUGUGAAAGGGGAAUACUCUUGUACAGCCAGUUCUUUUAUGCAAAAAUCUAUGCAUUUUUACAAUCUUACAUUAAACUGGUAUUUUCAAACAAUAGGAAAUUCUUAUUUUUUUUUACAGUUUAGUGUAUCUGGUUUCUACAUGGAAGACUAAACUCAUGCUUAUUGCUAAAUGUGGUCUUUGCCAACUAAAUCUAAGAUGCAGCAUUUUUAGAAAAUUACAUAUCAAUGUUUCUACAGUAUUGUUUGCUAAUUUUUAAAUAAAGUCAUGAUCAGUGUGCAUUUGUGAUUAUAUGUGUACUCAUUUUCUUACCUAGCAGACAAGAUCUUUACAGAGUGGUGUUUCUAAAGAAGCAUGUACAAAAAUGGCCUGUAGACACUUAGGUCUGGGUGGUGCAUUUGCCCUUCCUGUUUGUGCCAAUGUAUCAAUGUAGAGUUGCUCUGUUUUCUUCAACUGUAUUUAUUGCUGCAUUUCUCAGCAAAACUUAUCCCAUUGUAUUUUUUAUAAAUAAAUAUUUUUUUUUUGAACAUUUAUAUGAA